AUGUCUUUGACUGGAGUCGCUGAAACCAAUGACAUCAGUGUUUCUCCCAAAGGGAUAUCCCCUCAGGCUAAGAGCACGGUUUCGCCCGUCACCACAGAUAUUUCGGAGGAGGCUGUUUUACAAAAUGCUGAAAGCUCUGCCCCUGAGUCUGUUAAGGAUGUUCCCCCCCAGCGGGCGACCUUGCUGAGAGCGAUAGCGGACUUUUUGAGUGACUUGUAUCUCUCGUUUGUUUACUGGUCCAUCUUGACAUCCCUCACCCCCACCCUGUUUUACUUCUCGGUAUGGGAGCUUGGACUUACAGGGUCGGAACUCACGCUUUUGUUUACCGUGUCACCCUUCCUGCUUGGGAUUACCCCGUUCGCGGAAUGGUGUCGCUCUCGAUGGGGACGUACCACCCUGCAUCUACUCUCGCUCACCGGUUUGGCAGCGUAUGCGCUGGAUAAUCCAACUCACCGUCUGUUUGCUGUCUCAAAUGCUGCGGCAAUUGUGAAUAUUGGUGCUGCUGUGGAUUGGACGAGCGACACGAGUUACCAGGGUGUCCUGGUCGGCCUUGGUUUGUUGCUAUCCUCAAUUGCGAAACAUGCUAAUCAUUCCAAUGUCCCAACUUGGCCCAUUGUGAACGGAGAGUCAGGCGGAUAUAAUAAGACUGGACUCGUACUCGCCGUUCUUGCGAUCCUCAAUUACGCCACGCGUCAGCAUUCUAUUGGUGAAUCCGUGGCCUCCAAACUUGCAAGCCGCUCAUCGCCUCUAAAGAAGGAAGACACAAAAAAGACCCAGGCUUCGCGGACUCCCACUCAGCAAGCUCUGUCAUCAUGGCUUAAAAAUGCAAUCGCACUGGGCAGCAUGAUGUUCACGUUACAUUUUAUGCUGGCUGAUUCGAGUACUCUGAUAGCGUGGUCUUGGACUGGUUAUCCCAUUGUCGGACCUGUCCCACACCUUCACGGCUCUCUCACCCAUAUCGCUCAGGCGCUUGGUUUGGGGCUGCCGUUGUUCCUAGACAGCUUCUCAGCACAGGGAUCAAACAUCCUGCUUCACCCUCUGUGGUUUGUCUACGGAAGUGCCGGCGCGUAUGUCAUGUAUGCAUACAAAGACUGGUCGGGAUACAUUGGCGGCUUGACUUUCGCCAUCUUCCUCAUGUCUAUCAUCCCAGCCGUCCUUCAUCGCGUGGCUUCUACAGGGAAGGUGGCGAGGACGCACUUGAUAGCAUGGCUGCUGGUAUCUGCGGUCUACGUAGUGAGCGUUCUAACUGCUGCGUACGCGUUUGUCCCCGGCGGACAGUAUUUUAGGGAACGCACUGACCUAGUCUUAGUCGGACUUAUGAUUGGACUUGGCUUAGCGUUCCAGUGGCCAGGGUCCAGAGUUCAAAUUCUCUCACCGCGCCACACCGCGCAAACUAGAAUAGCCUUCGGCAGCACACUUGCUGUAUUUACUGUGCUUUCUUUGCUCGUGACAAUGUACCGGUGGCCCACGACAAUCGUCAAGCCACAUAGACCAGGAGCCCGGAUUGCUCGUACUGGUAUCUGGACGGUUCACUUUGGAAUUGACAAUGAGGGUCGGGAUAGUCAGCAGCGCAUUCGAAACUUGGUGAAGGAUAUGGAACUAGAUGUUGUCGGUUUGCUCGAGACAGAUCUGCACCGCACCGUUUUUGGCAACCGAGAUCUCACACGCGUGAUGGUAGAAGAACUUGGCUACCAUGUGGAUAUCGGUCCUGGACCGAACUCCCAUACGUGGGGGGCUGCCCUCCUGUCUAAGUUCCCAAUCAUCAACUCCACUCAUCACCUUCUUCCGUCUCCCGAUGGGGAACUUGCUCCCGCUAUUGAAGCGGUCCUUGACAUGUACGGGACAGAAGUCACGGUAGUUGUUGCGCACAAUGGGCAAGAGGAGACGCCAUUGGACCGCGAGCUGCAAGCAACGGAAAUUGCUCGCAUUAUGUCCAAAUCAUAUCCACGACCUGUCAUAUUCCUCGGAUACGUGGUAACCAAACCUCAAGCCUUGAGACCAUCUCCAUAUGAAAUUAUGGUUUCAGACGGACGAGUUCACGAUAUUGACGAACAAGACUCAGAUCGAUGGUGUGAAUACAUAUUCUACCGUGGCCUCUAUCGCACGGCGUACGCCCGCGUGUCUCGAAGCACGAUUACGGACACGGAGCUACAGAUUGGGCAGUUUGUAGUGCCCAGGAACGGACUCGGUAUCACGGAUGACAGUCAUGAUGCUCGCUACCUACGCUCCUGGAAAGAAGAGCUUCCUGAGGACCAUUGGUUCCCGAUGGAGUACUAUCCCGAAACAGGCGGAAUACGGGGACAUUACUAUCAUGUCUUCAACACGCCCCUGUACUACCAAAUACCUGACGGUGUUGUUGUGUAA